AUGAACAAUAAAAAUUCAAAAAGGAUUAAACUUCAUAUCAAAUCAGACACCUCUUCUACAAAAAUAAAAUCAGAAGAUUCACACUCACAAAGCCCUGUAUCUUCACCAAAAAGAAAAAAGGCAAAAUCACCAUCUCCACAAACAACAACAACGACAUUACCUCAAACAACACAGGAAGAACAAGAAGAACAAGGGGAAGAACAACCUAAAAAUAAAGAACAAUCGCAAGAGAGACAAUUAGAUCAGAAACAAGAUCGAGAUCAAGAUCAGAAACAAGAUCAGGAUCAGAAGCAAGAUCAAGAUCAGAAACAAGAUCAAGGAUCACAAGAGCCUGUAAAAAGAAGACCAGGUAGACCACGUAAAUAUGCUCCACAAGACCCUUCAAGACAAAAAAGGGUUAUUAACAAUGAUUCAAAAAGAUUUGAAUAUGCUCAAGGUGAAAGUUCAACAACAACUAAUGGAAUGAAUGGUUUAAAUCAAUUAAAUUAUGAUGAAAUACUUGAUGAAAAAGGAGAGAAAAAGAUCACCAAAGAUGGAGGUUUAUUAGGAGGCAGAAAUUUUAAAGUGCCGGUUUUUCAAUUGCCCAGUGAUAAUACAUGGUAUAUGUUAUCAAUGGAUGCGGCAAAAGUUUUGGGUUUUCGUGAUAGUUAUUUAUUUUUCUUAAGAAAUCCAUCAUUACAACGAGUUUUUGCAACUGAAGAUGAAAGAGAGUUCCUAAUCAAAAUAGGAAUCUUGCCCGCUGCAUAUCGUAGUAGGAAUAUUACUUUGGUAUCAGCUAGGUCUACAUACAGAUUAUUUGGUUCAAGAAUAAUCCAGAAUGGAAAAAGAAGAAAAGACGAUUAUUUUGAAUCAAAUUUGAGAUAUGAUGAUGAUUUAAGUGACAAAGGCAAUGAUUCAGAAACUGAAAAUGCAAACAAUAUCCUAUCAAAAAAAUUUAAUAGUAAAAUAACAAAACCACGAAAUCUUGCAAACGAAACUUCAUGGAUGUAUCAAUCAGCGCUUCACGCCAGAGAUUAUAAUACCAGAUUAAAAAUUCAUCGUAAGGAUAAACCUAAAUUUUACGAUGCUCAUACCAAUAUUGAACAAGUACCACAGGCAACACAACCAACUCGAAUCAAAGUGGAAACAAUUUCAAAACCUAUAUUUUUUUUACCGCUGAAUAGAAGAAACCAAUCGCCAAAAAUUCCUGAAAUUAAAUUUGAACCAACAUUUUUUAAUCCUUUAAAAAGUUUAAGUCCAGAAGUUUCAGAAGUGGUGCCACCUGAGAUUCGUAAGAUUAUUGAUGAUAUGAAUAAAAAUAUCAAAGAUGAUGAUUUUAUGGAUAUUGAUUAUGAGGAGGAUAAAUAUCCUAUUGCAUUAAUGGACCAUCAAUUCCAAUCAUCAUAUCCAUUACAUCGAGCACGUUUUGGUCAUGAAAUCCCUGAAACUGUACCAAAAAAUUUGAAUGAGUCAAAUACAAAUACAAGCCUACUACAAUCAUCUAUAAAAUCUCCGCCUAUGCAAUUCCCACUGUCUAAUACAAAUUAUACAUCAUCAUCAAUAACAACAACAAACAUGGCGCCAGAAGUACCAGAAAAAGCAACAUUAAUCGCAUCAGUUCCAGCACCACAAUUAAUCCCAAAACUUCCAGAAAAUGCAUGUGCAAUGUGCUUCUUAACUGUUGCGCCUGAUAACACAACUCCGAUUAAUGGUGCACCAUGCUCAAAAGAAUAUACUACAAAAUGUUCUCAUUGUAAUCGUAGUUAUCAUCCAUUAUGUUUAGGGCUUACUACGACUAGACUAAUUGUUGCAAUGGAAAGUUACCCGUGGCAAUGUAAUGAUUGUAAAACUUGUGUUGUAUGUAGAACAUCAGGUGAUGAAGCUACUUUACUAAUUUGUGAUGAUUGCGAUCGUGGUUGGCAUAUUAAUUGUAGUGAACCAAAAGUUACUGAAGUCCCGAAAGGUCCAUGGUUAUGUUCAAUUUGCGCACAAUGUAAUUCGUGUGGUGAAAAGGCCAAAUCGUUGGAUAAUGCAGCAAAGGAUUAUCUUCAUCUUGAAGCAACAUCGGGCCAGCCAAAUUCCAAUUAUCCGAUCUAUUUAGCUACAAUAUGUAACAAUUGUAGCUUAAACUUCAUAGCAGAUAGAUUUUGUCCAAUGUGUUUGAAAACAUUUUCCGAAGAAGGAGCAAUGGAAGAAAAUGAAGAUGAAGAUCGUGAUAUGGUGUGUUGUGAUGAGUGCGAUCGAUGGAUCCACGUAAGAUGCGAUCUUGACAUCACUCCAAAUAGAUACGAGGAGUUGCAGGAAAAUCCUAAUGCAGGAUAUAAAUGUCCACUUUGUGAAGGAAGAAUUAAAGGAUUGAAAGAAGGUGACCAGAAAGAACGUGAUGCGUUGGCCGGUAAUCCAGUGGCGAAACCUGUUGCGCAGGUUGCCGGACAAAAGUUGAUUAGGGGUAUCGUGGAAUUUAAGGGUAAAAGAGUUGUGGUCCCAGAAAUUCGAGGAUGGGGAAAAUUGGCAAUGUAG